AUGUAUUUAUCCUAUAGCAGGUAUCUCCUAGUUAUUCGACCUAGAACCGCUGGUCCUAACCGCGUUCAAAGCGGUGCGGUUCUUAAAAAGUUGGAACUGCACCGCACCAUCUUGCGGUGCGGUGCGGUUUGGUCCCGGUUCCUUGGGACAGAUCGACUGCAGAUAAGAGGUGAACAUGAUAGAGAGAAAGCCAUUAGAAUUACCAACAGUACAGAAGGUAUUCUUAUUGCCACUAGCUCAUAUACAAAGGGUGACAUAGUAGGCAUGAGAGAAAGCAUUAAGGAUAUCUAG